UGUUACAUCUACUGUCAAUAUUAAAAAAAAAAUAAAUAAAGGUUAGGAAUUCAUGAGGAAAUCCAACAUCCUUUGGCUUCUAUAACGGGCCUGCAACUAAUUUGGAUAAACGAAAGCAAUUUUUUUAUUUAUUUAUUUAUUUUCGAUUUGAUAAUUCAUCAGUGCUGCACUGAUCCUAAUGGAAAACUGCACCAGGUUAAUCCUAGCCUGAACAAAGGAAAACGCUAUAUAUUGUACUACAUAAACGUCACGCACGUCAAUGUCACACACGUCAACGUCAAAACUUUCAAAGUGAUAGAAAAUCGAAUUUUGGGAUGUUUGUUUUCCUUUUUCAAUAAAAAUUAUAAGCACCAAAAUAAAAACGACCAAUAACCAAAACCGACAAUGUCCCUAUUCUCUAGUUAAAACUGAUAAGGAUUAGUGAACUGUUUGUGUCAUGAAAACCAUCCUUUUAUUAGUAACGACCUUCGCAGUCCUAAACUUGGUCAACUCUGAAGGGUACUGCAGCACCUACCAUGGCAAUAUCUGUAAGAAAUACGUGGAUCACUCGAAGUACAUCUGGUAUAAUAUAUCCGGGGGCUACGAGAACGAACAGAUAACAACAGCCCUAUGGGAUGAAAUAAUUUCUGUUCUUUCUGAGCCAUGUCGGAGUGCAGCAGAAAAGAUGCUUUGCGUAUAUGCUUUUCCUGACUGUAACGUCUCUAGUCCUUUGCCUUUGUGCUAUGAAGACUGCAUAGCAGUAAAAGAACUGUUUUGCUACAAAGAAUGGGCAGUGAUAGAAGACCAAAAAGCAAAUGGGGUUCAUAUUAAAUCUAGAGGGCACUUUAGACUGCCAGAUUGCAAUAUAUUACCUAAAUAUCGAGAGAAUGUCGGUAAAAAUGUAUGCUCUUAUGCUGGCUUAACUGAUGUGGUGGAAAGCGAAGUAACUUACGAUUGUAUCAAAGGCAAAGGCCGCUACUAUCAAGGUAAAGUCAACAUAACCAAAGAAGGAAUACCAUGUCAAAGGUGGGACUCUCAGGACCCACAGGUGCACAACUCACCUCCGGACGUCUUUAUGGAACUAAAAAAUGCUGAGAAUUAUUGUCGAAAUGCCGGGGGAGAAGAAAAAAUGCCUUGGUGCUUUACCACAAAUCCCGCGAUCAGAUGGCAAUACUGUCAAAUACCGAGGUGUCUAAAUUCAACUUCCGAAGAGGGUGAAUUUCCCGGCAUCAAGAUGGAGGCCUAUUUUUCUCCGACAUUUAUCAUUAUUAUGUCAUGUCUAGGGAUGUUCGCCAUAGUUCUAUGUCUUCUUUUUAUAUUGCUGUGCCACAAAAUUUACAAGAGGAGAUUGUUGGGAUACAAUGCACCUACUAAUGCAGAGGUAAAUAUUGACUUGGAUAAACUACCGAGCAACGUUCAGUACCAUCGCCACGGGGUCCCAUUAAACCCUAAACUGGAAAAACUGGAAUACCCGAGAAAUGACAUUAUCUACUUAAGGGAUUUAGGUCAAGGGGCGUUUGGUAGUGUUUUUCAGGCCAAAGCUCCAGGCCUAGUUUCCGGAGAAGAAUUUACCAUUGUCGCUGUCAAGAUGCUCAAAGACGACGCCUCCGAAGAUAUGCAGGAGGAUUUUGAAAAAGAAGCUUGUUUACUAUCCGAGUUCGAUCAUCCGAACAUUGUAAGACUUUUGGGUGUGUGCGCCGUAGGUAGACCGAUGUGUUUAUUGUUCGAAUAUAUGGGUAAAGGAGAUUUAAACGAAUUCCUGCGUCAGUGCUCGCCUACAAACUAUGUGGUAAGAAGUGCUAUUAGUGGCGAAUUUACUAAUAAGGAAAUUUAUAAAGACUUCCAGCUGACACAUCGCGAUCAAAUUUUUAUAGCCAUUCAAAUAGCUUCCGGUAUGGUUUAUUUGUCAGAUCGGAAGUUCGUUCAUAGAGAUCUCGCCACGAGAAAUUGUCUCAUUAACGACGACAUGGUAGUGAAAAUCGCUGAUUUCGGUUUGUCUCAAAAAAUUUAUCUCCAGGAUUAUUAUAAAGGUACCGAUAGGGAUGCCAUUCCGGUAAGGUGGAUGCCCUUAGAAAGCAUUCUGUAUAACAAAUACACCUCCGAAACGGACGUUUGGGCCUUCGGGGUUUGCCUUUGGGAAAUAUUCUCUUUUGCUUUGCAGCCUUAUUAUGGAAGCACACAUGAGGAGGUAAUCAAGUUUUUAAAAGAGGGAAAUAUUAUGCCUUCACCGGAGAAUACGCCUGGGGAGGUUUAUGAGUUGAUGAGGAUGUGUUGGGCUCAAAAACCGCACGAUAGACCUUGUUUUAGGGUGGUUUAUGAUAAACUGAUGGAAAUUUACGAAAGCACAAACUCGAUUUAAUGUAACGAAUCAGAAUCUUCUUUUUUUUCUUUGGUUACUGUGUUAAUUUAAGGCGGCUCCGACUGCUGCUUGUGAUAAUAAGAUGCAAGGAAUAGGUAUGAAUUUAAUUUUAAAACCAAAGGUUGUUUUCUGAAUGUUCUUUACCGCUUUUAUCACUUUUUACUUCUUAAGGUUCCUCUCUGAUUAUUUAAGCUGAAUAGGUUAGAUUAGAAGCAGGAACGAAAAACUCUCAAAAUCUACAGCAUCUAUAUAAUUUAAAUAACGGUUACAUAUGUUUCACCCGGUUAGGGCAUCAUCAGACCUUAAAAAAUUAUUAAUUUAAAAUAAAAUUACAAUAAAAAAUAAGGUUUUCCCUUACCAAAAAUAGGACGAUACACAUACAUACACGUAAACGAACUCUAAUUGUAUACAAACAAAACAUUCCAAAUAGGUACAAAGAUUAAAAAUUUUAUAAUUAAUACACAUUGUGACAUCUACAAUAAAACACAUUAAUUUACUAGAGUGAAGUUAAGUUAGUUGCAAAUUUUUAUAUUCUGAUGGUGCGGAGUUCUAUAGUUGGUUAUUGGAUGGCGCUGCGUCUGUAGCAAUGGUACUCGUUGUAGGCGAUGGAGAUGUACAGUUAAUAUUGUUAAAAAUAAAAUGAUUCUGUCCCGUAAUUUUGUCGUUCACACAUACAAAAUUUUCAGAAAAACCAGUACGACAGACAACAUCAUACAAUUCCAUUCAAAUUCACCUACAACCCACAAAUUUGCUAGCUUUAAUUCUCUGUUUUAUAGAUUAUUCAACAUCCCACUUUCCAGGGACGCCUUUAAUACAGAACUUAAUAUUAUCAAACAAAUUGCCUUAAACAAUUCUUUUCCGUUAAAAUCUAUUCAUAAAUUAUACAAUAAAUUUGUUAAUAAAUAUAAGCUUUCAUUUAAUUUUAUUCAAACAAAUAUUAAAGCUAAUGUUACCUACAGAUCUUUGACAUAUUUUGGUACAAUCUCUGAUAUCUUGGGCCGUUUUUUCCAAAAAUAUAAUGUAAUAACCUCAUUUAAAACUAGUAACACACUUAAAAGUCAUAUUGUUAAGGUUAAGGAUAAGGUGGACCCGCUCACUUCAUCGGGGAUAUAUGAAAUUAAAUGCGUUGAAUGCCCCGCAGUGUACAUUGGACAAUCUGGCAGGAAAGUAGCAACGCGUAUUAAAGAACAUAAAUCCCAGUUUGAUAAACAUAUUAACACCGAUAUUAUACUGAGCAAGUCAGCUUUUGCCAACCACUUAUUAGAAAAUAGACACACUUUCCCGCCCGAAGAAAAUAUUAGAAUUCUACAUAAAUGUGAUAAAGGUAGAAAGCUCGAUCUCUUAGAGACGAUGGAGAUUAAUAAAGCCAUAGUCCCGAUUUUGUAUGUGUGAACGACAAAAUUACGGGACAGAAUCAUUUUAUUUUUAACAACAUUAACAUCUCCAUCGCCUACAACGAGUACCAUUGCUACAGACGCAGCGCCUAUUGGAUGGCUGUAGCGUUAAGUCUGAGUCUAAGUCUGUAGAGUUCGUUUACGUGUAUGUAUGUGUAUCGUCCUAUUUUUGGUAAGGGAAAACCUUAUUUUUUAUUGUAAUUUUAUUUUAAAUUAAUAAUUUUUUAAGGUCUGAUGAUGCCCUAACCGGGUGAAACAUAUGUAACCGUUAUUUAAAUUAUAUAGAUGCUGUAGAUUUUGAGAGUUUUUCGUUCCUUUUGAUAUUAUACCAGCACCUUAGAGAGAAAAUGGAUGACUUUUUUAAUUUAUAGGUUAGAUUAGGAUUAAAUUGAAAACUUAUUUUUGACUUGUCUGGCUAUAGAGGGAAAGUUGUUCCACUCACAAAUACAAUGUAUGGUUCGUAACCGUGCCAAAAAGUAAAAGAAUCCUUUUAAAAUCGAGUAUAAAUUGAAAACCUGAAUUAGAUAAAGAAAUGGUAUUUUUAUAUGUGGUUGUGUAGAUAAAUAAUUUUAGAAGUGAGAAGAAGCUAAUUGUUUAAAUAGCGUAUGGAUAUUUAAUAGCGAGAUUCUUCACUAAAUUUAUUGGCUAGCAACAAUCUUGGGCAUUUUUCUUGGGAGUGGUACCUCACCGAACAUAGCAUUUUUAAUUCAAAGACCUUAUCGACGAAACAGUGUCAAAACACUCCUGCACACUACGGGCUAUUUUCGAAGUUAAGUCUUAUCUGCAUGUAGAAUUUGUCAAAAGAAGUUGAUAUAUCAAAAAUCACCUAUAUAAAAGUUGCAUAACAAAAGAGAUUAAAACAUUAAAAAAUAAGAAUGUUAAUAAAUAAUAUUUUUAAUUUUCA